CACUGAUGGACACUGAUAGGUGGCACUGAUGGGCAUUGACAGGCAUCACUGAUGGGCACUGAAAGGCAGCACUGAUACAGGACACUGAUAUAUGGCACUGAUAGGCGGCACUGACUGGCACUGAUGGGUGACAUUGAAAGGCAGCUCAGAUGGGCACUGAUAUGUGGCAUUGAUGUGCACUGGUAUGCACUGAUAUGUGGCAUUGAUGUGGCACUGUUUGUUGACAGAUGUAACUUGUGCAGGGCAUAUAACACAGCUUAAGAUAUUGGUGCACACAAAGUUAUGAACUCACUGGAUUUCUGGCAGG